AUGAUGCGCCGUGGAUGGACGAAGAAACUGCUUGCGGACCGUGCCGCGGGUAAGGAGCAGCAAGGGCCAACCGUCAUUCCUAUCUCGCAGAUGCCAGACGAGCAGCGCACCGCUUACCUUGCCGAAAUCAGUGCUGAUGAGAGGCCUCAACGCUGGCACGAUGCUUGUGAAAACGCACUUCUAGCUCAGCCCGUGGUUGCUCCCGCGACAACCGUGCAGCCCUAUCCUGGACAACCAUCAGAGCCAGGAGCGGUCGGCUGCGAGUGCUUCAAGGUUCUCCCUCCGCAAAAAGACAUCGUCGAGCAUUUGCAUUUGCACCAUGUUCUACCCAAACAGGUCGACGAAGCCCUCGAAAUGUGGGGCCAGAUCCACGAGUUAAAGACCUGCCCUUGGCAGGGCUGCGGAGCACAUGUUGGCGAAGCAAAGGAGUUCGCUGCUCACCUUGCCUCAAAGCACGAAGGUGACCACCGCUGUAUGGUACCCACCGCGUAUAUGACCGCCUGCAAUGAGCGCGCGACAGCCGAGCAUCUCGAGUACCACCAUGGCCUGAUAUCCUACGAGGAGUCGAACGAGGAACGGAAAUCCCAUUGCGGCCAACACCUAGUCGUCUACUGUACCGUAUGUUUCCGCUUUGUGAGAGGUAGGAUGCUCCUCACCGACCACAUGGACUCCCAUAUCGACGAGGUUGUCACUUUAAUCAAGUCAGACGACCGAUGCUUGGGGAAGGGUGGAAUACUCUCGGCAUGGCGGCGCGAGGUCUUUUGCCCCAAAUGCGUGCACGACACCACUCUCGAUCCGGAGGAGAGACUCAAGGGCUACGAGGACCUUGUUGGUCACCUGUCCACGCAUCUCAUCUUUCACAAACCCGAUACGAUCCUCCAGUGCUUCUUCCCCUCCUGUUCGGCGACCUCCACUCCUCUCGACCUCGCAGACCACAUCUCUAACCACCAUCGCAUCCGCAUGUUCCAGGAAGAUCUCGACGGGAUCCAUGGCGACCCCGGCAAACUGAUGCUUCCGACCGACGACCCCAACAUUCAGCUCCAGAUGGACCUCCAUGUCCUUCCGAUCUGUCAAUGA